AUUGUCCAGAAGGAGGAAGAGCAGUCUCAAACCAGUACCCUCCAUGCGGUGUUCUCAACGGCUCCGAAAUAAAGAAAACCUGGAGCUGAUCAGGGCUGAGGUCAAACAAGUCUCUCCACCUCAGCGCGUGACAAGGUCCCAGGCUGCAAUAUCUGCUAAAAGCUCAGAGAUCCUCCCGGAGACCCUUCCUGUCCAGCAAGCAGGAGAGAAGAGCCCCUUAGUAGAAGCUGAUGUCAGCGAUCACAUCAGCACCGAGCUGCACCUCCAGAAGAGCACAUCUGAACCAGCAGAGAAGCUCUCCACCACUGUUCUCUUGAGCUCAGGUGAUGGUUCUCCCAAGGAAAACCGGGUGGCCAAAUCGCCGCCGGUGCCUGCAGCCUCGGAGCUGAUGGUCCCUCGUACCCCCGAGGCAGACGCUGCAGGAGAUGUCGAGGCUGUGUCUAACCCGAAGGCAGCGAAUACUACAGUCGUUUUAAGCGAGGAGCUGAGGCUGGAGGAGGUGGAUGACUCUGCUGAGGUACAAGAGAGGUCGGAUGAGCAGCCUUCCGGGCGUGUAAGGGAUAGCCCAGGGACUCCGACGGGCUCCCGGCUGAGCCGCCGCUCCGUGCGCAGAAGUCUGAUGGGCAGAACCUCCCUGACUCGCAGAACCUCCUUGGCAGAGAAAUACUCGCUAGCCAGCAAGAGGGAAAGCAUGAUCCGGAAAUCCAUCACCAGGACCAUGGUCAAGAGGAAGGCCGCCCGAAAGUCAUCCAUGUCCUGCAGUCGCAUGGACGUCUCCAGCUCUGGAGAGAUGCCAGAAGACGAAGAAACAGUUGUCAAAUCUGGGCCUCCUCCCGGACCUUGUACCCCCUCCAAGUUGAAUCUCCCAAGUCCACGGAUGUCACUUCGCUCUCGAACCGUCAGCAGAGACGAGCGGCCGCCGCGGACGAGCAGCGACGAAGCCAACUUGAAUAAGAACGAGGAGACCCGGGAACCCCCCCAGAGCGCCAGGAGAAAGCCAAGUUACAAAAGAGCUGUGGACGAUCGCUAUGACCAUCAGCAAGCCGCAGAUGGAGGGCUUUCUCCUCCGAGGAGAAAGACCCCAUCCCCUUCCUUUCCAGCCAGCAAAGUUGUACGUCCUUUCAAAACGUUCUUGCACACCGUGCAGAAGAACCAGCUCCUCAUGACACCAAGCUCCGUGGGGAGAAAUGGAGUCAUAAAAUCUUUCAUCAGGUACAACACUCCUCUCCAGUCUGAUCCCAAGGAAAAGGAGAGACAGAAGCUAGAGACUCUGAGGAAAAAGCAAGAAGCCGAGCAGCUGAGAAAACAAAAACUGGAGGAAGAGAAGAAACGGCGACUAGAAGAGGCAAAGCUGAAGCGUGAGGAGCGCCUGCGCAAAGUGUUGCGAGCUCGGGAACGGGCAGAGCAAAUCGAGGAAGAGAGGAAAAGGCGCAUUGAGCAGAAGAUAGCUCUGUUUGAUGAGAAAUCCGAGAAGGUGCGCGAGGAAAGGCUGGCAGAAGAGAAGAUCAAAAAGAAAGCUGCUGCCAAGAAAAUGGAAGAAGCAGAGGCCCGGCGCAGGCAGGACGAAGAGGCCAGGAAACAAAAAGCACUGCAGCAGGAGGAGGAGGAACGUCGGCACAAAGAGCUGAUGCAGAAGAGGAAGGAAGAGGAGCAGGAGCGUGCCAGGAAGAUCGCUGAGCAGAGACAGGCAGAACAGGAGAGAGAAAAACAGCUGGCUGCGGAGAGGGAGCUGGAGAGGAAGAAGGAACAGGAGAGGAUCCAGGCAGAAAAGCUGCGUGAACAGCAGGAGAAGGCUGCUCGCCUGCAGAAGGAAGUGCUGGCUGCCAAAGAACAGCUCCACAAGGAGAAGGAGAAGAAAGAACAGGAAGAACUGAGGCUGGCAGAGAUGAAGAGGCAGGAGCAAGACCAGAAGAAGCUGCCAGAGGAACAAAAGGCUGAAGAUACAGCCCAGACACAGCACCUAGAAAACAAAGAGAAUUCACCCGCCUGCAAUUCCUACCAGAUGACUCCGCAGGGCCCCAAGGAUCCAAAGCCCCCCACGAUAAGCACAAACAACUACGGAAUGGAUCUGAACAGCGACGACUCUACCGAUGACGAAAGCCAGCCUCGCAAGCCCAUCCCCGCCUGGGCCACUGGGAAUCAGCUUAGCCAAGCUGUCAUCCGCCAGUACUACAACCCGCCCAACGUCGACGCGCUCUUCGGGGCCAUCGCCAGCCCCAAGCUGGAGGACAUCUUCUACAAAAGCAAACCGCGCUACUUCAAGCGCACGAGCUCUGCGGCGUGGAACUCCCCGCCCUUCCCGGGCGCCAAAGCGGUUCUGGGGCUGCCCUACGGCCUGAAGAAGUACUGA